AGUUUUUAAUAUUUAGUGAUUAAAGUAUUUUCCGUGUACACGUCAAAUUCAUAUAUAUGAAUUGGAACGUUGCUGUAAAGUACCAGGUGCGUUCCGAAAGAUCGAGUAGCAUAAAUGUACCAUCCUCGAAAAAACCGAAUUGGAAUCGGGCAGUGACCGAAGCAGAAAAAAUUGUUGGUUAUCCAAAUAGUUUUUUGAGUUUAAGAUGGUUGUUGAGUGACGAAAUUGCCAAUGUGGCGCUACAAUUGCGGAAACUUGUAGGCUCUAAUCAUCCUUUGUUGAAAACUGCUAAAGGUUUGUUUUUUAAUGGGAAAAACAACAUGCAAGCAUGGGGUCUAAUAGUUUUGUUAGUUUCAAAAGCAGCUGGACAUUCUCCAGAUAUACCAGAUAUGGAAGAAGAUAAAUCCGCUGGAGUACUCCACAGUCAAAGGGCUUUAGCCGAAGUUACUGAAAUGAUACGCACCAGCCAUUUGGUACAUAAAGGAUUGGUCAAUUUACAACCGCCAAUAAAAGUGGAUGCACCAGGUGAUAUGAUAUCAGGAAAUAAAAUAGCACUUCUUUCCGGCGAUUUUCUCUUGAGUAACAGUUGUGUCGAAUUAGCUAACUUAAAAAAUCAAGAGUUGGUCGAAUUAAUGAGUUCGGCGGUUCGAGAUUUGGCCGAAGCAGAGUUUGUCGAACCGAGAGAUAUUCAAAAUGCACCGCUUCCCGCCAAACCGAGACCGUCAGCUAAAGCAUACGAACAAUUUGUAGAUAACACUUUGGAACCGUUGGUUGUUCAUGAAGCUUUAGGUAAUGCUAGAGCCGAAUGGACUUUACGGCAUGUCUUGAAUGCGGGUAGCUUAUUGGGAAAAUCAUGCCAGGGAACUUUGAAACUAGCAGGACAUUCACACGAUUUGCAACAAAAAGGUUAUUUAUUUGGAAAACAUCUGGCUCUAGCUUGGCAAGCUUGUUUAGACAGAGAACCAUUUUCAGUAGGAUCUACAGGACCGUUCAGUUUAAUCAGCGCUCCAGUGUUAUUUGCCCUUCAACAUAAUCCAGACAUGUACAAUUUAAUAGAAAAAGGUUUAGACGAUAUUGAACAAGUUGACUUCGAGGCCGUUCGAAAAGCAGUUAUGAGCGGACCAGCUUUGGAUAUGACCAAAAACUUGCAGAAAGAUCAUUCUAAAGCAGCGCUAGAAGUUCUUAACGAACUAAAAGAAUCUGACGCGAGAACUGCGUUAAAAAAUAUAAUAGUAGCCAUCCAAGAUUGACGUUUCUUGAAUAUUUUUAACAUAGAAAACAUAAAAAUGUAUUUUUUCCAUACUGAUUAUUUCAUUAUCUAAUGGAGAUAGUUUCAAUACAACAAUUUUUGUUCCAAACAGAACUAUGUUCAAGUAUAGAAAGGUAUCACACAAAUGAAUCAAUUUGCAUUCCUUCCAACUAUAUUGUUGUAUGUUAUAUGUUUCAUCAUUCUGCUGGUGCUAGAUAAAUUGUGCCACAUUGUUUAAAUUACCUUUUAACCUUCUUUCCAAGCUAAUCGCUUAAAUUUUCAAUAGGAUUUAGUUGCUGUGAAUGAGCAGGUCAAUUUGAGUUAUCCACCUCUAAAUUAGAGUGAAUUUGUUGUUUGCUCUUAAUGAGUUUAAAAAUUGGGUGCAUUCCCAAAACUAAAUUCUACUCAAUUUUAUAAGUCAAGGGUUGGAGGGCUGCACUACCAUCUGCUAUAUGUUCCCAAGUUCUUGCCACGACAUGUUAUCGUGACUUUUCUAUCUCAAAAGAUAGUUCAAAUUUAAAAAAAAAUAAUUUUAAGAAAAGUAAGCAGUUUAUUGAAAAAAUACUUAUCACCUAUUAAAACAAAUUUCUUGGGAAUUUAUUUCUUCGAAAUGUAUACCGUUGCGCUAACAGCAUUCAUUUAAUCAAGAACUGAAAUUACUUUUAAUUAUGCCAGGGAAGUCGAAUGGUUAGCGUAAACUUUAUAUUUGAUAGAAAUUCACUAGAAAGUUCAUAGGUGUUAAAUCGGAACUGCGUGGGACGCCAACUUAUGUCACUUCUUCUGGAUCAAGGAAAAAUUUCACGACGUCGUGGCAGAGAUCUAUUGGACGAGUGUGAAGCUGCUCGGCUCUGCUGGAACCAUGCUCUUUGAUUAUAACCAAUUCAGUUUUGCACGAAGAAGUUGUCUAACAUUUGCAAAUGUGAAUUCACUACAACUAUUUGUCCCCUUUCGGCUUCAUAGCAGCUUAUAUUCAUUUUAGAUGAAUGUAGGGAGUUCUGAUAUUAGUGUUUCGGAUUGGUUGCUCUCGAAUAUCGACAAUUUUGCUGGGAGUAUUUUUUAUCAGCACAUCUAUCAGUUUACGACCUUAAUCAAAUCAAAAUAACUAUAUUUUCUGUACUGAAUAAUAUUAAACGCUAAAAUGUGUUUCUUUUUUAUUUGAACAGUUUUUAAACGGUGGUGUGAAUAUAUACACUCGGUUUUUCUUACUUAUUUACUUAAUUCAUUUAUACACUAACACUUAAUACACUUAACUAUUCACUCAUUUAUAUUAUCUAUUCAAAUCUGCUGUUUACAUCCAAUUAUUCACUGACUACUAUGGUUGCUAGAAAUUCGUUCAUACACAUUAUAAUCUUAUCCAGAAUGUUCAUUAUCUCGAAUUUGUUGUAAAUAAAUAAAAAGACCUUUUUAGAAAUGAUGUUGUAAAACAAUUCAAAGGCUUUCUUGGAAUGUGUACCCAGCGCGUUCACUAAAAUCUAAAUUCUAUCAACAUAAUUGAACAGAACCGGUUUCAUGGUCUAUGUCAUGGACAAGUUCGUAACAAUACAAAAUUAGAAAAUUAAGUAGGAUCAAUUUUUCUCUUAUGUUUAUUUAUACAAAAAAACUUUGAUAAAAUGUGAUUUUCAACAAAAAAUAUAAACUUGUUUAUUUCA